CCGGUCCCGCCGUUCAUAUUGGAGCACACGAUUAUGCUUGGGUCCACGACCACAUGUGCAGACAAGUAGGCCUAGUAUAUAAUGCCUGAGAGAUACAAAAGGCAUGGGAGAGACAUCAUCCAGCCAUGCUUGGUUCGGAAUUGACUAUUUUGGACCUCUUCACCCUUCUUCCCCUUGUAUACUGAACCAGAACCCGUCACUGCCAGGAUGAGACUUUCCGAGACAAUUUUGGGCGGACUGCUGGCUUCGUCGGCAGCCGCUGCACCUGCGGCCGCUGCGCCUCGUGCCUGUUCUCUUCCCACGACGUACAAAUGGACAUCGACUGGGUCUUUGGCAAAUCCGAAGUCGGGAUGGGCCUCACUCAAGGACUUCACACACGUCACCUACAAUGGCAAGAACCUCGUCUACGGCUCAUUCCACGACACCGGAUCGACAUGGGGGUCCAUGAACUUCGGAACAUUCACCAACUGGGCUGACAUGGCCUCCGCGAGCCAAAACACCAUGUCGUCAAGCGCAGUCGCGCCGACACUCUUCUACUUCGCCCCAAAGAGCGUCUGGGUGCUUGCCCACCAGUGGGGGGCGACGACCUUCUCAUAUCGAACGUCGAGCGAUCCUACAAACGCAAACGGGUGGUCCGCAUCCCAACCGCUCUUCACUGGCACCAUCAGCGGCAGCAGCACGGGUGCCAUCGACCAGACGGUCAUCGGCGACAGCUCCAACAUGUACCUCUUCUUCGCAGGCGACAAUGGAAAGAUCUAUCGCGCCAGCAUGCCCAUCGGAAACUUCCCAGGCAGCUUCGGCACGGCCUCAACGGUCAUCCUUAGCGAUACGACCAACAACCUCUUCGAGGCGGUCCAGGUGUACACCAUCACGAGCAACCAGUACCUCAUGAUCGUCGAGUCCAUCGGCGCCAACGGCCGCUACUUCCGCUCCUACACGGCCACCAGCCUCGGCGGCUCCUGGACGCCACAAGCCACAAGCGAGAGCAGCCCCUUCGCCGGCAAGGCCAACAGCGGUGCCACCUGGACCAACGACAUCAGCCACGGUGACAUUAUCCGCAGCAAUCCCGAUCAGACAAUGACGAUAGAUCCGUGCAAUUUGCAGUUGCUGUACCAAGGACGGUCUCCUAGCUCUGGGGGUGAUUAUAAUCUGUUGCCUUACAGGCCUGGCGUGCUGACCCUAUCGAAGUAG